AUGACCACCAACACUCUCCACCACUGGAAGGGCGUCCUCCCCUCCGCCCUCGACGCCGUCGGCCACACGCCACUCGUGCGCCUCGACCGCAUAGCCAGGGAGGAGGGGCUCAGCUGUAAUCUAUUGGCAAAAUGCGAGUUCUUCUCAGCUGGAGGAUCUGUCAAGGAUCGCAUCGCCAAGAGGAUGGUGGAACACGCAGAGAAGACGGGCCGGCUGGUUCCAGGCAAGAGCGUUGUCAUUGAGCCCACAAGUGGCAACACGGGAAUCGGUCUCGCUCUCGCAUGUGCCAUCAAGGGAUACAAAUGUAUUAUCACGCUUCCAGCCAAGAUGAGCCUCGAGAAAGAGGUCAUGCUGAAAGCACUCGGGGCCGAGAUUGUCCGUACACCGUGGGUCGUCAGAUUUGAUAGCCCUGAGAGCCAUAUCGGAGUUGCACGAGCUCUGGAGAAAGCCAUUUCGGGUGCCGUCAUCCUCGACCAGUAUUCGAAUCCCGACAACCCUCUUGCUCAUUACUUUGGUACAUACGAAGAGAUCAUUUACUCUCUCGAGACCUCCGACCUUCCCCGGAAGAACAUUGUACUUCUUGCCGCAGGCGCUGGUACUGGAGGCACAGUCUCCGGUAUCGCCCGCGCUAUCCGCGACUCGGAAAAGACGGAAGAGCAUUUCGAGCAUGGCAUCGAGAAUGGGCUUGAGGAGACCAAUAUGUCAGGUCAGCGGGCGGUCGUGCUGGCUAUAGACCCUGAAGGAUCAAUCUUGGGCGGCGGAGAAGUUGGGAAUUAUGAAGUGGAGGGUAUUGGAUAUGACUUUUUCCCCGAGGUGCUCGACCCUAAACCGCCUCUUAUUGACGAAUGGAUCAAGACCAACGAUAAAGACUCUUUCGCUGCUACCAAACGCGUCAUUCGCAAGGAAGGCCUCUUCAUCGGCGGAUCUUCCGGUUCCGCCCUAUCUGGGGCCCUCAGAUACCUGCACUCCCCGUCUGGCGCUUCCAUCGCCCAAGAUCCCUCCGCCAAUGUCGUCAUCCUCUUUCCUGACGGCGUCCGGAACUAUAUCAGCAAGCCUUGGUUCUUGGAGCAGGAAGCUGGAGAGGGAGGGCAAGAGCUGAGGAACCAAAUUAGGAAUGUCCUGGGUAGGGAUCUGGGGGAUGUUUAUGGGACGAAUGGAAAGGUUACCAGCAACUAG